CUCUCACGCCCUCUCUCCCCUCCCUCUCCCUCUCUCUCUUUCCCCCUCUCACCCCCUGUUCCUCUCUCGCCCUCUCUCGCCCUCUGGCAGAUGGUCUCUCUCUCUGAGGAUCUGUGUCCAUGGUUGAACAUGUCCGGCAUCUUCCAGCAGACAGACAAAGUUUAAUUUGAUUUGAAUUUUUAAAUCAGAGGUUUGUGUCACCGGCUGAAGACAGGAUGAUGCUGAACGAUCGGUGGACCAUUAUGAACAACAGCAGCUCAGAGCUCGACAGCAAGAGACCAAACAAGCACAAGAGGUGCUGCACCUUCCUGUUAUGGUCUGGUGUUGGGCUGGUCAUCACUGCAGCCAUUGUCAUGGCAACAGUCACCAUCUUGUACCUGAACCAAUAUCCUCUACCCUUCAUCAGCAGGGAGGAAGUCUCCUCAUCUGUGGUUUCAACCAGUCCCAAAGAGUCUGGACCCCUGGUGACAGUGUCACGUGUUGCAGACGGAGAGCCAAUCAGCAUCUUUCUAGACCCAAAUUGUCCGGACUUCAGUGAGCACUUCCUGCGCUGGGAGGCGCUGCAGAGCUCGCUGCUGCAGACACUGACCAAUUACAAUGCAGACGACUGGCAGGACCGAGGGUUUUUCCAGAAGCUGGGAGAGGAGCUGAAAGUGCUAUCAGGCCACACCCACAAUCUGAGGCUGGAAGCUGAUUCGCUUAAAAGAGGCCAAGGUGUUCUGGACCAGAGACUGGACAGACUGCAGAGUGAGCAGAGCCGCAUCAUCCAGGUGAUGUCUGACAGUCACUCGGGUGUGUUGAAGUUGGUGACAGGUUUCAGUGAUUCUCUACUCAGCCUGCAGAGGGAAACAGAUAAUCUGAGGAAGCUGAAGAGUGAGCUGAGCAGAGACAGCACACACACAGCUCUUAGACCCAGGGACUGCAGUGACAUCCUGAAAUCUGGCGUCUCUGAGGACGGUGUUUAUUCCGUGUUUCCAACUCAUGACCCCGAUGGCUUUAUGGUUUACUGUGACAUGAGCACAGACGGAGGAGGCUGGACGGUGAUCCAGAGGAGGGAGGAUGGCUCUGUGAACUUUUUCAGAGGAUGGGAGGCUUACAGGGACGGAUUUGGGACGACAACUGGAGAGCACUGGAUUGGUCUGCAGAGGAUCUACUCGCUCACCAGGUCAGGUGGUUUCGAGUUACGUAUCGACAUGGCCGACUUUGAUAACGCCACAGCCUUUGCUCAUUACUCUGAAUUCUCUGUCGGCCGAGACUCUGUGAACCCCGAGGAGGACGGAUACCCGCUGACCGUGGAUGGAUACUCUGGGACCGCAGGUGACUCCCUCCUCAAGCACUCUGGGAUGCGGUUCACCACCAAAGACCGGGACCAGGACCAGUCAGAGAACAACUGUGCGGCGUACUACCAGGGGGCGUGGUGGUACCGGAACUGCCAUACCUCCAACCUGAAUGGGCAGUACCUGAGAGGGGGCCACGCCUCCUACGCUGAUGGCGUGGAGUGGUCCAGCUGGACAGGCUGGCAGUACUCACUUCAAUCCACGGAGAUGAAGAUCCGACCCAGACGGGAGUCCUGAAUCAGGACCAAGAGCGCAUCACUGGUUUCUGAUCGAUGAAAUUUUGUAUUACUGACUGACUGAUUAGCUGAUUAGUGUGUGUGUGUGUGUGUGUGUGUGUGUGUGUGUGUGUGUGUGUGUGUGUGUGUGUGUGUGUGUGUGUGUGUGUGUGUGUGUGUGUGUGAAGCUCCACUUUCAGUUAAUGGAUCACAUUGUAAAUCACAGUAAAUAAACCAGAGCUUUGA